UAAAAUUCGUGCCAUUUUUAAAACGUAGUUAUAUCUUCCACAACAUAUAAAAGUAUGUUCGUGAAAGUAACUUAAAUUUGUUGAAAAUGCCUUUGUUCCAAGGAAGUAAAUAUUCAUAUUUCGUCAUCUUUGCAGCCGAUAUCAGUGCCUUCAUCACUGGUACUUCCAUAGCGUGGUCGUCCCCAGUGCUGCCAAUCUUGGAAGGUGACGACAUAAGCAAAAUCCCCGUCAACCGUCAAAUCACCAGUGAUGAAAACUCAUGGAUCGCCUCCUUAGCUGCAAUGGGCGGAAUUUUCGGCCCCUUCCUCUUCGGCUACUUAGUCCAACAAGUUGGAAGAAAAAUAACCGUGGCUGUGAUCGCGCUCCCCUUUCUUAUAGCCUACCUCAUAGCGGCUUUUGCUGAAAUCGUCCCCUUGUAUUACGUCUCCCGGAUUUUAAUGGGAGCGGGAGUCGGAGGCAUGUUUUGCAUUCUCCCUAUCUACGUAGUGGAGACGGUGGAGGACGUCAAUCGAGGGUUACUACAAGCAACGACAACCAGUAGCAUCAUGUUGGGUUUGCUUUUCUCGUACUGCGUCGGACCAUACGUUUCCAUCAUGGUCUUCAACCUAAUUCUAGCGGCGAUUUGUGUCCUCUACGUUCCCGUUUUUUGGCUAGUGGCCACAGAAACCCCAUACUACUUGGUGUCUGUAAAUAAAGAAAACGAAGCGUUUGAGGCUCUUCGCUACCUUCGACGCAAACCAGACGAAGACAUCCAAGCGGAAUUAGACGCGAUUAAGUUACAUUUAGAGCGCUUACAACCAGGCUCGUACUUAGAUAUAUUUAAAACGAAAGGAACCAUCAAAGCGUUUCUGUAUAGUGUAGCUUUAACAACAUUCCAGCAGUUUUCAGGCGUUACGGUCAUUUUGUACUACGCUCAGAACAUUUUUGACGCCACUGGAAGCAACAUUCCUCCAGAAGUGUGCUCGAUUAUUGUAGGCUCAGCUCAGUUUGUCGUUUCUGUAAUUUCGCCCCCUUUCUUAGAUAAAGUCGGGCGAAAAAUUUUGCUCCUGAUUGCCGUGACUGGAGCCAUAGUUGCUGAAAUUCUUCUCGGGGUUUAUUUUUAUUUGCAGCAGAACGGUGACGACGUUUCGAACUUAGGGUGGCUGCCUGUGUUAGCGUUAGUGAUGUUUAUUGCUUUUUAUAAUUUUGGAAUGGGGUCGAUCCCUUGGGCGUUCAUGGGUGAGGCUUUACCGUUGAAUAUUAUUUCAAAUGCGGCCGUAAGUGCUACCAGUUUUUACUGGUUUACGGGUUUUUUCCUAACUAAGUACUUUGGGGCUUUGUCGGAUGGGAUUGGUAUGGCGGGGUCGUUCUGGUUGUUUGCCGGGUUUUGUGUUUUGUUUGAUUUGUUUGUUUUCUUUUUUAUGUUUGAGACGAAAGGGAAGAGUUUGGCUGAAAUACAAGCUAUACUAAAUAAGUGUUUAACGCAUCCAGAAACUUUCAGUACUUUUGCAAGUGUUCACCGGAAAAGAGACAAAAUGUUGAAAAUUUUAAGCUACACUGUGCUAACAGUGUUAACAGUGGACUUGUUAGCGACUUCGGGUGACAUAACAAUGACUUGGACUUCUCCCAUGCUCCCCAAACUCUACUCCAACGAUUCAGACGAAAACCCCUUCGACCAACCCAUCACAGCAGACGAAGAUUCAUGGAUCGGAUCAUUAAUAAACAUCGGUGCUAUGAUAGGACCCUUUCCCUACGGAUUCAUCUCUGAAAAGUUCGGCCGAAGAAUUGCACUUCUUUGCAUCGCGAUUCCCCACAUCAUCUCCUAUUUAACUCUUGCUUUCUCCAGAACCGUGUACUUGUACUACUUUGCAAGACUUCUGGGUGGGCUUGCCGUGGGUGGGGGUUACACCCUCCUCCCGACUUACGUUGCUGAAGUUUCUGAAGAUAACAAUCGAGGGAUGUUGUCUGCAACCCUAAAUUGUUUCUGGACUUUUGGAAACUUCCUGCCGUACGUCGUCGGUCCCUACACUUCAGCGUUGUGGAUGAACGUCAUUUUAGCCUGCGUACCGACAAGUUUCUUCAUAUCGUUUUUCCUAAUAGCACCAGAAUCUCCCUAUUAUUUGAUAGCGAAAAAUAAAAUGGACCGUGCUGAACAAUCUCUGAUGAAGUUAAGAUCGAAGGAUAAAAAAGGAGUGGAGGUGGAAAUAAAACAAAUACAAGCAGAGCUUGCAGAAAACGAAGACGCAGUUUCCUUCUUAGAGUUCUUUAAGUCUAAGGUGUACAUGAAGGGUUUAUACAUUUCGGUAGUGCUACUAGUGGUUCAACAACUUUCUGGAAUCAACGCAGUGUUAUUUUACACUCAGGAGAUCUUCGAUGCAGCUGGUGCCAGUGACAUUGCUCCAGAAAUAUCUUCCAUCAUCGUCGGUCUAGUUAUCUUCUUGUCAAGCUUUGGAACACCAUUUGUGGCCGACAGAGCGGGGCGACGCAUACUCAUGCUGAUAUCGCUAAUGGGAGUGACCAUUGCCCAUUUGGGUUUCGGCAUUUAUUUCUAUCUCCAAGACAGGACUAGUGUGGACGUCAGUUCUAUUUCCUGGUUACCACUAUUAAGUUUCCUAGCUUAUAUUGUGACGUUUAAUACCGGUCUGGGACCUCUACCAUGGACAAUCUCGUCCGAACUAUUUCCCACUAACGUCAAAUCGUAUUCAGCAUCCAUAGUUUCGUGUUCGUGUUGGACCACGUCUUUUUUCGUCACGAAAUUCUUCAACGAUCUGCAGACUGGUCUAGGAAGUGGAGAAACGUUCUGGUUGUUUAGUGGCUGCUGUUUUGCUGGUUGGUUGUUUACUUUUGUUUUUGUACCAGAAACGAAGGGAAAGAGUUUUCAAGAAAUUCAAGACAUCUUGGAACGGAGGCGGUUUUAAAAUCAUGUAUUUG